ACCCUCGAAUCCAAAUCCCAACCUCAAUCUGAACUGAAACUGAAACUGAAACAAACAGGUGCAUAAUAAUAUGGUUCUUCGUCCUUACAACAAACAUCUCCUCGCAAAACAAGCACUUGUAGCAGUCAUCAAAGACAUUCCAUUCUCUUCUUGUUCUUCUUACAAUCCCUCAAUAACAUGGACUCCCGACGCCGUCACCGAACUCCUCCGCUCCAUCUCCCUUUUCUCCUUCCAAUCCCACCGUUCCAUCGGUUGCCAAACCACCAACAUCUUCCGCCACCGCUCCUUACCUCUUUCAUCCUCCCACACAACAAACCCAUACUUAACCAACCUCGCUCUCCGUAAAUCCCAUGAAUUCCUCCAUUGGAUUCAUUCCCAUUUCAACUUCAUCCAUACCCAAUCCACUUCUCUUCAAAUGGCCAUUCUCAUUACCAAAUCCAAUCACACCAAUAUUCUCUGGACUUUCCUCAAACAAAUAUCAUCAUCAUCAUCAUCAUCAAAUACUAGUAAUAAUCUUGUUACCACCGCGACCGUUACCUGUUUGAUAAAACUCCUAGGAGAACAAGGCUUGGCAAAACAAGCCUUACUCACUUUUUACCGAAUGAGACAAUUCGGUUGCAAACCCGACGUACAAGCUUAUAACGCCUUGAUUAAUGCAAUGUGCUGUGUUGGGAAUUUCACCAAAGCAAGACACUUACUUCAACAGAUGGAACUUCCUGGGUUUCAUUCUCCUCCUGAUGUUUUCACUUACACUAUUUUGAUAAGUUCUUAUUGUAGGUAUGGUGUCAAGAUUAGUGGAUGUAGGAAGGCAGUGCGCAGGAGAUUAUAUGAAGCCAAUCGUCUCUUUCGUCUUAUGGUGUUUAAAGGUAUUGUUCCUGAUGUUGUUACUUAUAAUGCCUUGAUUGAUGGUUGUUGUAAGACUUACCGUGUUGGAAGAGCUUUGGAGUUGUUUGAGGAUAUGAAGAAAAGAGGUUGUGUUCCUAACCGUGUUACUUACGAUUCUUUUAUAAGAUAUUAUAGUGCUGUCAAUGAGAUUGAUAAGGCUGUUGAGUUUUUGAGGGAUAUGCAAAGGUUGAAUUCUGGUGGUGGGAAUGGGAUACUGGGCAGUUGUAGUUCUUAUACGCCGAUUAUUCACGCGCUUUGUGAGGUUGGGAGAGUUGUUGAUGCUUGGAGUUUUCUUGUUGAGCUGGUUGAUAGAGGAUCUGUGCCUCGAGAGUAUACUUAUAAAUUGGUUUGUGAUGGGCUUCGUUUGAAAGGAGAGGAUGGGUUGCUUCAUGGUGAAGUGCACCAGAGGAUAAAAGAUGGCAUAUUGGAGAGGUACAAGCAAACCAUGAAAGUUAAACCGGUUAUGACUCGCAAAGGGUAUCCUGAGUUGGAAGUACCUGAAUGACCAAAAGGAGUUAAACAUAAGGCAACAAAGAUGGAUGGAUUUCAUAAAUGAUUAUGCACUACAAUAUCAUUCGAGAAAGGCAAAUGUAGUUGCAAAUGCUUUGAGUAGGAAAACUUUACAUAUGGCAACAAUGUUAGCCAAGGAGCAGGAACUCUAGAUGUGAAGUUUGCUGAAAGAAGAUGAAGGGAAAUUGUUUUGGAAAGUACAACUAUUGAGGGCGGGCAAUAGGAAAAAGAGUGAUUGCUGAAAGAGAGAAAGAUUUUGAGAUCACGUCAGAAGGAUGAAGGGAUUAAAAAAAUAAUAUUUAAGGAAGGACGUAAGAGUAGAACGAGUUAUCAUCCCAGAGCCACGAAGAUGUAACAAGACUUAAAGAAAAUAUUUUGGUUGUCGGGCAUGAAAAAAGGAAAUUGCAAAGUAUUAUGUUCAAAUCAUGUUUGAUAGGUCGGAAUAUCAAGAUUAUUUCGGUCUUUGGAUAACCCAUUGUAUCUCAACUAUUAUACCUAAGGCGCACUAAGAAUGUGAGACGCACUAGUUCUUAACAAUGUUAGACAAAAGCACUUGGACAUGUAGUUUGUUUGCUCAAACACAGCUGUACCCAAAAUGUUAAUAGUAAUUUAUUUUAUGAUGUUGGCAAAAUGUUUGUUUAAAUUAAUUUCACCCUUGAUAUGAUUUUGUUCUGCAUUUUGUUUUUGGUUUACAAUGUUGCCAAUGAGGAUCGAACCUAGGACCUCAUGCAUAUUACCCAAAUCCCUCACUACUAGAUCAAACCUAUUGGCUUGAUUUUGUUCUGCAUUUUGAAUUACAAAAAAACUAUUUUAUAAAAACUGCAUAUACAUAUUACACAUUUUGAGACCUAGUGACCUUACUAAGCUAAAUUUUUAAUAAAAACAACUUGGCUACUUGUUUUGGUAUGUCAUUUUGAGAUUCCUUUGUUGUGAUGUGGUCCUUUUUUUGUAAUUGAGUUUGUGACCUUUUUAUGACAUUGGUUUGGAGUAAUUAAUACUUUCAUAUCUUUUCUGCCAUUUUUCUGUUCUUGGGCUAUUCAUUGUCUGAAUGUUGUCAUGGAAGGUUGAGUUUUAUCUAAUGGGUAUGUGGUUGGUUACCGUUGAAAUUUCUGUGUUUAAGGUUUAUAAUUGCUGUUGGACCUUCCCAUGUUCAACAUGAAGCCUUUUCUUUUUUUGUAGUUCAAUACUCUGUCUGACACUGACACAUGUGCUUAUGUUCAAUCACUUCCAUUUUGAAAACAUUAUUACAUGUGUCGGCGUUGUGUCGUGCUUCAAAGGUUUGGUAAGAUGUGAUAUAGCUUCUCUUUUUUUAUGUUAAACAUGUACAUGUUAUUGGAUAGUGGUUUCCUUAUUUGUGUGGAUACCUUGGCUUUCCCAUAAUUUUUUCCUAAUUUAUCUUCUACUUUAUUGUUGUCUUGUUUUUUCUACAUUUGUGGCGUUACCUUUGAUUCUUGUGUCCUUUCCCUUUCUUUCAUUUGUAUGUUAAUAAUGCUCACCCAGGAGAAACUUUAUCUGCUAGACUAGAAACUACCCUAUUUUGAUAUGCAGGAUUAUUAGUCUUUCUUCUCAAACUAUAGUUACAGAUAAUAUAAUUUAAGGCUUUGACACUCUUGUUGGUAAUUUUUUUUUUAUUGAAUUUCAUAUAUUUUAUGGUAUUCUAAUAUGUGGAUUUAAAUUUUGUCAAUAUACUCUAUCUGUCAACAGAGCUUGGUAAUAAAUUUUUGAAUAUGGGAGGUCAAAGUUUCUUGUUUAAGAAGACGUUUUGAAGUAAAUGCAUGGAUCAUGUAGACCAUAUGGCGUUAUCUGCCUGGGGAUCUUUCUAUAUGCAACUGAGAGGACUAGCUGAUUCUGGAACACAACCUGAAUUAUAUGUUAAACUGAGUAUUCAUCAACUGUCUAAUACCGAUCUACCAUUUCAAUCCAGCAUUGGUGGUGGUAAUAACAUUGGAUCCACAUUACCUUAGAAUCCUCAACAAUUUCAUCUCAAGGUGUCAUUGUGAGUCGAUGCCUGAUUCAGCUAAGAUGGGUUCCUUUCCUCAUAUCAUCGACAUUGCAAUCGGAGAAAACAUUGCUUCAAAAGUCUAGGAAUUUUCUGAGUUGCAACAGGCUAGAGGUUUAUGGAUUAUCUCAGCUAUUGGUAGUGUCUCAACCGCCACACUUUCAACUUCAGGUGGCACUAUCAAUUUGGAGGCGGUAUAAACACUUUCUUACUGUUGUUGUGUUAAUUUGGAUACACUUACAGGUUAAUAAGGAAUUGCUGUUACAUAAACACAUUUUAAUAUGCAUGCACAGACAGCACCGAGCACAUGAUCAAAUGUCUAUCCCUCGUAGAGUUACUAUGUUUGAUUGAUUAACUAAUUGAUAUUUCUUAUAUUCAUUCAAGUAUAUGAAUUUUUGUCUUUUGGUUGUAAUUUUUGCAUUGUUUUAUACUUGUUUUGAAUAAGGUUGCGUUUUUGCAUAUAUUAUGAUAACUAGGUUUGUAUUGUUUUUGUGCUACCGUUGGUAUAGUUUUGGAAGCGUCAAAUGGAUAAUUCAGAAAAUGUUGAAUCAUGUGAAGUACCAAUUUCAGAAAAUUACAUGAAUGAUGCAACAGAGGGAUUGGAUGAUGUUAGCAUGAAUGAUGCUACUAGUUGUGAUAGUGGUGGGAUGAAAAGGAGACACAUCUAUGGUUUGUUUGCUCACCAGGCAGGAGGUUAUGAGAAUGUGGGAUUUUCAAGAAGAGAUAUGUAUGUAUAAUAUAAUGAACAACACAAAAACAGGCGUACCAAUUUCAACAAUAUGGAAAUAAGGCUAAAUUAUAUCUAAAAACAUUACAGGAAAGGAAUGGUUCACAAACAAAAGCAAAAAAAUAGCACUAAAAUCAUGUGUCCUAAGGGAACAUGUUAAAGAUCUUAAUAGUACUAUUUAUCGUAAAAAUUAAAAUUACAGUAUUAUAGGUUCCUGUCGAAAUCAUCAAAAGCAAAAAAAUUAUAUUGAAAAAUAACAUUACAGGACAAGAAUGGUUAACAUGUGUUCCAAGAGUACGUGUUAAAGAUCUUAAUAGUACUAUUUAUUGUAAAAAUUAAAAUUCCAGCUUU